AUGAUGCCCAUGGCGCGACCCGCCAUCUCUGGCGCUUUGAGUGCGCGUUCCCGACUGGCAACAUGCCUUCCUCGCGCCCAGCCCAUUGCCGCCCUGUCGACCUCGUCUGCGAAAUCGGCUACUGCUCUUGAGCAGCAGUCAUCAGGAAAGAACCUGACUGCCUCCGGCAAGGUUCGCCAGGAGGUGCCUCUCCUCACCCAGGAGCCCAAGAAGGGUGCCAUGCAAUAUGUCUUGACUACCCUCGAUCAAGUUACCAACUGGGCCCGUCAGUCCUCGCUGUGGCCCAUGACCUUCGGUCUGGCCUGCUGCGCCAUCGAGAUGAUGCACCUUUCAACCCCCCGCUAUGAUCAGGAUCGUCUCGGUAUCAUUUUCCGUGCCUCUCCUCGCCAGUCCGACGUUAUGAUUGUCGCCGGUACUCUCACCAACAAGAUGGCUCCUGCUCUGCGCCAGGUUUACGAUCAGAUGCCCGAUCCCCGUUGGGUCAUCUCAAUGGGUAGCUGCGCCAACGGUGGUGGCUACUACCACUACAGUUAUUCGGUUGUCCGUGGUUGCGAUCGUAUCGUGCCCGUCGAUGUUUAUGUUCCUGGAUGCCCUCCUACCUCCGAAGCCCUGAUGUACGGUAUCUUCCAGCUCCAGAAGAAGAUGCGCCACACUCGCAUCACCCGCAUGUGGUACCGCCGCUAA